AUGGCUGAGACCGCCGACGAGUACAAGGAGGAAUACGAUUCCCGCCGCGGGAGCGAGUACUCGAGGUUCCACGGCUACACCUACGACGGAGUCUGGGCCGUGGCGCUGGCCAUCCAGCACGUUGCCCAUCGCAUCCGCAACAUCCGUAAGAACCAGACCGUCUCCGACUUCCAGUACAGGGACCCCCUCUGGGAGCGCCUCUUCAUCGAGGCUCUCAACCUCACCAGCUUUGAAGGGGUUACGGGUCCUGUAAGAUUCUACGACAAUGAAAGGAAAGCAAGUAUACUCCUGAAGCAGUUUCAAAAUGGAACUGAAGUAAAGGUUGGAGAAUAUAAUGGCGUAUCAGAGGAGCUUGACCUCAACAGGGGUCGAGGAAUCAGAUACAUUAAAAUGUCAAGCCCCUAUCUCAAUAAUCUUAUAAUUAUUGGAAGUAUGCUGACUUAUUCUUCAGUUAUAUUCCUCGGCCUUGACUCCAGGCUGACUUCCAUUACAGCUUUUCCUUACAUUUGUACUGCAAGAGCCUGGCUGCUGAUGGCAGGAUUUUCAUUGGCAUUCGGUGCCAUGUUUUCAAAGACUUGGAGGGUGCAUUCAAUUUUUACUGAUGUUAAGCUCAAUAAAAGGGUGAUAAAAGACUAUCAGCUCUACAUGGUUGUAGGUGUUUUGUUAGUGAUAGAUCUUGGCAUAAUGACAACAUGGCAGAUCACUGAUCCAUUUUUUCGUUCUACUAAAAGAAUGGAACCAUAUUUGGUAGAACUACGGCGUAAUCCACAGGGUGUCAUAGAUAAACGCAUACGUGCCACUCUAGGUCCUAGGUCGAAAACUCGCCGAGAUUCAUCUGAGCUAGAAGAACAAUUAAGAGAAGCUAAAUCGUCUAAUCAAACAUGGAGGAAGUUACUUCUUGAGCGUGAUGCUGAACUUCAAGCCCUUUUGAGGCUCCUUGGGCAGCAAGAAGAUAACACCAGGCAAAUUGCACCUCCUCCUGCAGCAGAACUAACACAACUCAAACGUGAGCCUGCGACAGAGACCACAGAAAUUAGUUCUGUGUGCUCCAAUAACUCAUCUCAUGAGACAAAGGAGGAAUAUCAAGCAAAUCAAAUAGACACACCAGCUCAGAAAAAGAAGACAAUCUUUUGCAAUAAUCAAACACCAGUCGCAGCUCUUGAAGAAAUGAGUAGCGGUGGCAGCUUAUCAGUAAUAUCUGAAGCUAAACAGGCUGCUAAAUUAACUGGUCACUCACCUGCAAGUCAGGCUUCUAGUAAGGCUGUUUCUUGGGAAGAGUGUCCAACAGAGACAAGUUCACUUCGGAGGAGGCAGAGUGGACCCCGUAUUCCUUCUACUCGAACACCUCCUCCUACCAGAAGAACUUCUGUUCCUGGGAGAAGAGCACCGGCUUUUGUUCACCAAGAUGAGCUAUGGCUGACACAGAGGCACUGCAAGGCUAGAUGUACAAAUGUCAGCAGUCCUGAUGUAUGUGAAGAAGAGGUUUCAGUUAUACAAAGGUCGGUUUCUGAAAGAAGAGACAAGUGCUGUCACAGUACUACAAGCGGAGGCCUACAACAAGCACCAAGACCAGUAGGAGGAGGAAGUUUGAAAAAGCCAACUCCAGCUCAUGUACAAAGCACACCAAAUGUUCUGGCAGGUGCACUGUCCGAGGGUGAAUUACUUGAUCUUUCUAUACUUCCCAUUUUUCAGAAACUUCUCACAGAACGUAAAGGUGCAGCAAUUGCUUCAUGCCCAAAUAUUGCGAUAAAAUGUGACAUUGUUGAAUACCUAUAGGUUCUUUGGUAUGGUUGUGACAUAGUUGCAUAAAAAGGAGGGUCAUCGAUAUUACUUAAUGAAACCAAAAAAAUCAAUAUAGUUCAGUAUAUAGAUUGCCUAAUUUGAGAAAAAAAUUUAAUAUGUGGAAUUCUUUUAAGAUCUGCUUUUGUUAUCAAAUUUCUUUUUAUAUUAUAAAAAUAUUAAAAUAAACGUAUAAUAACCAGUAAUUAAGAGUGCUAUCAUGCGACACUUUUUAAUGAACCAAAUGCAAAUAGAUAUUUUUAUCAGAAGUAAUAUAAUACAAAGUAUAUAUGAUCUCAUCAGUAAGAUAGAAAAUAUUAAUAUUAAUGUAUUAAUCACCUAACCAAUCAAAUUAUUAUAAGUGUUGAAGAUGAUAAUAUUAGGAAGUGGUUUUAUGUCACCAUAUGCCUCUUUUGGAAUUCAACUGAAUUAGUAUUAAAGUAAAUCUUACAAUCAAAUGGAUAAUGUUUAAAGAACUAGAAGAAUUUUUUCCAAUAAUAUCUUCAGGUCUUUUGAUCUUAUUGCUAAUCAUUGAUUGCUGGCCAUUUUUUAGAUUUAGCAUCUGAUUAAACAUUAUCUAAUGAAAAAUUAAAUGCUAAACUAAUUUCCAAAUACAGGUUUAUCAAGUUUCUAAAAAAGACACAAACUUUUAAUGUGAUUUUUUUUAUUUAUUUAAUUUUGCCUUAACCAAAAUUUGUUUAUUAAUUUGGUAUUAAGCACCAAUGUACUCUAACUAGGGAUGGAAGGAUAAAUAAUUCUACCGAUCUCAAACAAAUAUAGAAAGCAUUGAAACAUCAAAAAUUGUUCCAUGGCUCCAUCAAUAUAUAAGUCUUUCCUCAUUAGCUUGGGCUUAACCAAUUUCCACUUCCUAUGUUAGCAUACCGCAGUGCAGCCCAAAUAAACUCAACUGACUAAAUUAAAAAAAAAAAAACUCUUAUAUCUCAUUGUGCUUUAAUGGGCUGCAAGUAUCUUUGGUUGUUUAAUGGUGUUAUCCUGUUUGUAUCGAAUAUAUUCUCUGAGUUGAGACUAAUUUCCUACAGUUCUUUUGUUAAGACCUAAAGAUAAUAUGACAUGCAGAAUGCAUUCUGGUUAGGGAUGGGUAGAAGAUCAAUAAUAUACAGUAAACAUAAAACAAAACCAUUUAUAAAAAUCUCGAGUAUAGUUAAUUAUUAUGAUAUCUAACGUAAUAAUUGUUCUAUUAAUAAAUACCUCUUCAGUUUCAUGCAUAAAGAUUUUUUAAAUAUUCUAAAAUUCCAUAUUGUACCAAUGAAGGAAGGCUACAUCAACGCAAGUAAGAAAUCAUGACUCGUUAGAAACAUGCAUUUGAACUUUUAAUGUCUUGUAAGAAAUGGGAUACAAAUAGCACAUUAAACUAAAAUAUUAUCAUUAAUAUUUUGAGUUGAUAUGUUGAUUUUACCAUUUAAUGGUGUUAGGAAUACUAUGUUUUUAUUAAUUUAUAUUAGAAAAUUUUGAAAAGAAAAAUUGUACCUAGUAGCAAUAAUUAAAACUAACUAAAUUAGAUUUAAGGUAUCUCAGAAGUUUAUAUAUUUAACAGUAUUAUUACAAAUUGAAAAAAAAAACUAUAAGAAAUCUUUGAAGAGCAGUCAUUACUAAAGAUAAGUGAAACAAACCAAUGGAAACAUUUGUAGCGGAAGAAAAAUAUUUUCUCUAAUGUAUUUUAAUUUAAUUAUUUAAGAAAAAAAUUGAUGUCAAAAGUGCCAAUUAUAUUUUUUAUAGAGUAAUAUAUUGUAGUUUCGAGAAAUAUUUCAAGUGUGCAUUCAUACUUUUAGCAAAAUUAAGUUAAAAAUAUAUAAAUAUGAGAAUAAUUAAAUUUUAUUUAUGGUAGUGAUCAGUUAAAUAAAUAAUGAUAAUAAAAAAUAAAUAAAUAAAUAAAGAGGCAAUACUCUUUUUGAAUCAACAAUCUCCCCUUGUAUAGUGGAAAAAAAAAGUGAUUACAUUUAUUAUUUUAUGUGGCUUUCAAUUAAUAAAUAAUAGAAUAUUAAAAAAACGAGAUCAUAUAUAGCAAAUUAUCAUUUUUAUUAAAUUGAUUCAUAAAUAAAUAAAACUAUUUAACAAUUUUUUUUUUAAUCAAACUUCUAACAAUGAAUAUUUUUUUAUUGUAUUUUCUAUCAUGCAAUAUGGCAUUGUCAAGAUAAUGUUUAAAUAAAUUCUAAAGGGAUGCAUUCAUAUUAUUCCAUCAGAAUAACCCUUAACCCUUGUUCUGGAAACGUUCCAUAGUUUUUUUUUUUUUGAAAUUUAUUUCAUUGAUAAUAAGUUAGGUUUAGAUCUGGAAAUCAUGAUUGCCACUCUAUAAACAUCAGAUUGAUGUAUUUUCAAGAUUUCAAGAUAUCUGGAAAGAGUGGUUAAUCGUUAAUGAUGACAAAUUUCUCCUUUUUAUUAUAGUUCUACGAAACACAACUCAUAAAAGUUAUAAUAACUUAAACAUAACAAUCUAUAAAAUGAUGACUCUGCCUAUUUAUGCAAAUUAUAGUGAUCUUGGUUUUAUUUAAUUUAUUCUUAACAAAGUAGCAUUUCAUAAAUAAAGAAAAUAUAAAACUUCCAUUACAUUGUCAUUGAACACUACGGGUCGUUAAGAGAAAAAAAAUAGCCAAAUCAGAAAAAAUAAACCAAAAAAAAAAAAGACAAUCACACUUAAUAACUAAGUAAUUUUCCUACUGCGUUCUUGACAGAACUGGAAUCUAGUGCUUGUGAGCUGUAUUUUGAAUUUCACAAAUUGUCUUUAUUCCUUUGUUUCAUAUAUUUUUCAAUCUUGUAAAAUAAUAAUUUGUCUUUCUUUAAAAUGUUCUAUAUAUUUGUGUAAUACAAAAUUUUAUGAUAAUAUCUUAAAAAAUAAGAAUAGGAGUUAUCUCUGUGUACUACCAAUGUGUUUAAUAAGUAAUAAUAUUUGUAUGUAACUAUAGAUAGCCUAAUAUAAUUUGCUCAAAAUGUCAAUUAAAUGUGUUUCUUUAUCUCAUGAGACAUUUAAUAUUGAGCAGAUCAUGUCAUUUUAUUAAUGCUUUUGUUUUUUUAAAGUAUAGGAUUUCAACUCCCCAUAUUCCUAAUUUCUUUCCUUUGAGCAAUUUGAUGAUUAUGAUUUGUUUUUAUUUAAUUCUUCAUAUCAAUGAUUCUCUGGCAGUUUUUUUUAAAAAUGAAGUAAUACUUAAGUUUUAUUGAGACAGGGUAUACAAUUAAGUACGGAACAUCAGUUAACGUUAUUAAUUCAAUUGAGUGUCAGCUAUCUAUUAUCAAUAACCAUGGUACAAAUUAAUAUCUUCAUUAGUUAUAUUUACUAAUCAAUUUAAAUUAUCAAGAUUUUUUAUUUACUUUUAAUUUCAUAACAUUUUAAGAUUAAAUUAAUCUAAAAAACAUUUUUAAUAUUUUAAUCAGUUAACAUAAAAAGGAAGCAACUAAAAUGUUUUUUUAUCUAAUCUACAUAAGCCAAAUGAGUGGAAUAAAGCUAUACUCUCAUACACCAUUAUAAAAUUUAAAACAAGCAAUUAAAGUUUAGUUUAGAAUAGAUUAUUUCGAAAAAGACAGUAAAAGUAAGAAAAAAAUAUAUUUUAAGUAUAUAUAUAUAUAUUUUAUAAAUGGAUUAUUUUCUCACAAUUUCUUAUCAGAACAACUAUAAAUUCAAACUAAUUAAAAUCUAUGGAACUGUUGGAAAAUUUAAGAAAAUUUAAAUUUAAAUGGUGUUUGUUUUUGUUUCACAAUCACCAAAAGAUUUUAAUAUUGGUUCAAUCAAUCAAAAUGAGUAAGUGAUAUUCAAUGAAUAUAUUUUUUUUUUAUACCAAUUGGUAUUGUUCCAAAAAUGAAAAUAAUGGCUUCAAGUGAUAUAAGUCAUAAUACUUCAUUAUGGAAAGAAAAGAAAAAAAACAUUAAAUUAUCCUUGAAUUUGGAGAUAUAAAACUGUAAAAUUUACUGAGGGGGUGAUUUAUUUUGAAAAAAGUCCUAAGGUAUCGUAUUCUCAUCACUUAAUUUGUAUAAGUUAAAUUCAUUUAAAUUUUGAGUGCUAAUAUGAAUUACAAGGUCCAUGAUAAAUUAAUAAGUAUGAUCAUAGGAAUAAUUAAGUAAUUUAAGGAUUUAUUAAAUAGAAUUUUGCUAAUCUUAAUUGAAUAAAAUGGAAUCUUUUAUUUUGUAUUUUGAUAUUGAUAACUCAAUUUUUUGAAUUGCUAAACCUAACUCCUUCAUUUCAUGAUCAUUUUAUUAAUAUUUUUCAAUAAAGUAUUAUGUUUAGAAUAAUUUCAAAAGGAUAGGGUGUAUACCCAGAAGUGGGGAGAAUUGCUUAAAAAGGGGUAAUUAAUUAAUUAAUUUAAUUAAUAACAAUCAAUAUAUUGUUAAUGAGUUUUUCAGAAAUUUGUUUUUUAAAUUUAUCACUACUUAAUUAAAUUUCAUGUAGGAAGGGAAGGCAGCAUCCUGUAGCUCAUUUUCUCCUCAGGGUACAUCAAUGCCCAUAGGAGCCUAAAAUAUUUUUAUGUAAACUAUAAAUGAAAAAUUAUUCAUUGACUAGGAAUGAAGCUGAAUUUCCACUAUUUAAAAUUUAAUUGAUCACUGUAUUACAAAGAAAUAAAUUAAGUCUUUCAGAUAUUAAUAAAACCAUUGGUGUAAUAAUCUAUAACUUCCAAUAAACAUGAAAAAAAAUGGUGUUUUUAGUUCUUUGAAAAUUUGAGGGUACUUUUUAAAAUUAUCAAUAGCUGCAGAAAUUUUAAAUGUGACAAGUUAUAAUAAUUAAAAUGAGGUGAUAACAGAUUUUGUAAGCAGGAACACAUUGAAGUUGCAGGAAUAAUUCUAAAAAUUGGUAAUUAAUAAUUAUCUUCUUAUACUACUACACUGAUCUGUCCGGCAUUGAUUUAAAUUAAGUCUUCAAAAAUGUAAUUUUAAUCUUUAUUUCAAUUUAUGAUGAUCAAAUAAUUGUUUGCUACAGCUUAUUUUGUUAAUAGUUAUAUAAGAUAUUUUCAUGUAGUUUUAUGAAUAAUCAGGUACUUUUUUUUCCUUUUAACUCCGCUUUAUUUAUUUAUUUUAGAUGUACAACAUUCUUUUCUUUUUUUUACCUACAGAAGCAAUAUACACAUAUUUUUAUUUAUUGUUGUUUUAAAAAUAUUCAAUUAAUUUUUUAUGUUUAAAUUUUAUGGAUUAUCAAAAUAUAUCACAUAUCAAUAUUAUAUAACUUAGUUCAUCUCAAAAUAACUAAAAUCGAUCUUCAUUAUUAAACAUUAUAUACAUUAACACAAUUUUUGUUUCUAGUUGGAUUUAUUUUUUUUAUUAGGGGAGUUGUGUAAACUUAUUAAUUUUAAAAUUAUGCCACAAUCAUAUAAGUAAAUCACAAAAUUAUUGAAAUUUAAAUAAUAGAGAUCAAGUGAAUUCUUUUUUACAAAAUAUGUCAUUUAUUGUAUGGUUUACAUCUUAACGGCAUAAUUCAUUACUUGAAUGCCAUGAAAAAGUAAUAUUGUGAAUACAAAAAAAUGUUAAUUAGUUUUGAGUUAAUUUAUCUGCCAUUCAAUAUGUGUUGUAGAAGGAAUAAUAAUAGGAAAGAUAAUAAAUAAUUAGAUAUAAUUGUUUUGUGCUUAUUAAUAAAUUGUUGUUAAUAAAAAGAUAAAACAAAAUGAGAGAUGCUACAAAAGUAUAAGUCAUUUAAUGUGAGAUUUCUAAUAAUAAGAACUCUAAGAAUAUGUAUAUAGAUUUUAAAAGAUAAUAUUGUGUUAAUAUUUAAUCUAACUUGAUGAUGUGAUAGGUUAUGAAUUGUUUAUUUUAUUUAAUUUUUCAAGAAGUGUUUUCAAUAAUUAACAAAAAAUAUGUAAGGUUGUGUUGUUAUUGAGUAUGCUUUAGCUGAAGUAGAAAAAUAGAUUUUUUUAUAAUGUUUAUAGUGUAAAUAGUUGAACUGAUUUAUAUGUUUUUUGUCAAAAGAAUUUGUAAAUAAUAAUAUUACAAUAAUGUGUAAAGAAUUGUUUAAUUAAAAAUAGUACGAAAUAAGUAUAAGGACUGUGUUUAUUUUCAGGUGGUCUUAUUCAUUAUUUAAUAAUGUAUUAAUUAUAUUGAGAUAAUAUAUCAUACAAAUUUCAGUGGCAUUUAUCAGCAAUAAGAUGUGAUUUAAUAGAAAUUUAAAUAAUUCAAAAUUUUUAAGAAAAUAAAAAUUUUCAUUGUUUGGAAUUUUAAGUGUUGGAAUACUCGAUUGCCAACUAGUUACAUCCAUUUCAUAAAAAUAAUACACAUAAAUAGCGAUACAUUUUUCUAUACUGGAACACAUUUUCCUUUUAUUUAUAUAUAUAAUGCAAUCAAAAUAUUUUUGAUAAUUUAAAAUUCACAGAAAUGACAAGUCACCUCAAUUUAUAAAUGUUUUAAGUGAUUAAGAUUUGUUUUUGAAUAUUCAAAUUUUAUAGAAUGUUAUAUCCAAAACAUUUUCUAUGUCCAUAACAUCAAGAGUCAAUUGGCAUUUAUAAGUAGCAUCCAUUAACUGCUUCAAUAUUUUAUUUAUUUAAAAUUCUUAUUAACAUUUUGGAGAACAUUCCCCAUCUUCAGAAUCUUACUUGUUAUCUUAUAUAUAAUUAAAGAUAAAUAUCUUUAAAGUCAAUUAAUUUAAAAUAUUUUUAACAUUCUUCUGUCCUUUAAAAAAAAAAAAGACAAAGUGAGAUUAUUUCAGGCUAGUAGGCCUUUUAUAAAUCAAAGUAGACUGUUAAAAAAUAUUUAAAUGAAAUAUAGGAUAAGAAAGAAUAUGAAGAUGAAGAAUGUCCCCCAAAAUUUUAAUAAGUAUUUUAAAUAAAUAAUGUUGAAGCAUAUAGUGGAUGUUAAUUAUAAAUGCCAACCAACUCUUGGUGAUUUGUUUUUGAAUAGUUGAGCUGAUGAGGGAAGUAAAUGUAACCAAAUAUCCAAAAUACGGGGGUCUUAUUAAAGAAUUGGCGACUAUAUGUAAAAUAUAAAUGUAUUUUCAUUUCAAUUUUUUUAAACUCUUUUUUUCUGAAAUCGUUCAGGAAGAAAGUCAAGUUAUCCUACGAAAAUGUUUAUUGUAAUUAUUUUCUGCCAAUAACUUUUUUUGAAGCCAUUAAUUUCAUUUCAGUUUAUUUCCUAUUAUAAUGUUUUUUAAGUACUUUAUACCUCAUAAAGAUUUCCAUGCCAUAUUUUAUGAACCUGAUAUUCAAAUCAAAAUCUUUUUUCUUGUACAUAAACAACACAUACUUAACUGUAUUAUAAAUGACUUACUGUUGUUGCAUUAAAAAUGGAUGUAGUCUUGUUAUCAUAUCGAAUUUAAAACAUAUAAUUCAUAACUGUGUAGUAAAUAAUUUUUAUCCAAUGUUACCUAUUAUAUAAAAAGUGAUGUGUUUUAUGACAUAUUCCCAAAAUAAAAAAAAAAAUAAUAAAAAAGUAAAUAAAAUAAAGCACACCUUUAGGAACUAUACUGUGUAUAUAUGUAAUUGUUUGUUCCUGUGUAAAUAUUUAUAAAUUAUUGUUGACGUUUGAACUGUUUAUCACAUGUUCCUCUUGUUCCAGUUACAUGAAGUAUUCGUUUUUAAAAUAAAUAGAUGAAUCACUAUUCCAUCCUAAUUUUGGUUUGUUCAUUUUAAUUUAUAACUAUAAAUGUAGUUUUCAUAGUUCAGUGUAUAUAAAUAAAUUCAGUUUCGAAGUUUAAAAAAAAAUACAACAAAAAUGAAACAUAUAAUAAAGCAUUAAAAUA